CGAAACAGCGGCGGCCACUGUGGAGCGUGCGACCCUCAGAAUUCAGCCCCGUGAACCCCGGGCCUGGAUGGUGGAGCUGGGCUGGGGUUCCCACCGUCUCCUCUGCCUCAACCAGAACCGUCUGGUCCCUGCCCCCGGGUAGGGACCCCUUCUUCUGACGGGGAGUGGGAGCCUCUCGCACUCUUUUGGGCAGCUCCGAACCCUAGGGAUCUCCAUUUACAGUUCACGACCUCAGCUGCACUUUGGCGCUAUCGCCUGCCGGGUUUCCCAGUAGAGACAGAGUUUCACCAUGUUGUUCAGGCUGCUCUCAAACUCCAGACCUCGUGAUCCGCCCGCCUUGGCCUCCCAAAGUGCUGGGAUUACAGGCGUGAGCCACCGCGCCCGGCUGUGACAAAGCCUUAUACUUCUGCCUCUAUUUCCUCUUAGAAGACGUGGACUGUCAAUGGCAGGAUACCAGCUUUGGUCACCAUGGACCCCACUGGAUGAAAGCUUCCAAUGGCUGCGGCACACAACACCUACACCUUCCUCCAAGCACCGCUUUAGGGCCUCCCCCUGCUUCCCACACACACCGUCUGACCUAGAAGUGCAGCUGUGCUUUCAAGAGGUCACUCUAGUCCUAGACAGUCUGGAAUCUGGAUUGAGUCCCAGGUUACCCUGCCACACAUCAGAGUUGCGAAACAGGAACAACAAAGGACUGGUCAGGAAGCCCCAGCCCAUACGCCUCAGUGGAGUAGAUUCUGUCUUUGGCAGGGUUAUCACAGCUCAGCCACCAAAGUGGACUGGGACUUUCAGAGUUUCAGACAAGUCAGCUUUUUGCAAAAUCAUUACCAGGGAGCACCAGUGGCCCAUUGGACUUAAGGAGCCUCAAAUUCAGAUGACAGUGACUAUGUGCAAACAGAUGCUGCGCUCUAUCCUCUUGCUGUACGCAACUUACAAAAAGUGCACCUUUGCCUUGCAGCACUCCAAGUAAAGGGUCCUCAUUUGAUCCCCAUUUCUUCAUACCAUGCCCUUUGGUAUGUAUGUACCUGAAGCUUACAGAAACCUGUCCACGUAAAUGAAACUGUGACACUGCCCCAGCCGUCUUGCUUUUGUCAGGCAGUGGUGAUUCAGGAGCCCUUAUAUCCCUUCCCCUCCAAAAAAGGACCAAUGAUACAGAACAAGGGAGAAAAUUUCCAUUGUAAAGUUGAACCAUUUUGAGUCAAACUAGCAUUGACGUGUACAUGUGAUAACCAUUAAAUAAUAUAAACCAA